AUGAAGCUGCCCUCCCCUAGGGUCCCUGGAGGGAUGGUGCCUCCCCUGGGUCUCAAUUUGCAUGGCAGGAAGGGGCCUAAUGGGGAAGAGGCGGAGAGGAGACAAGCUGCAGCCCAGGCUGACAUACAGUUACAUGUUUCGCCCAAAAACCUCCUUGGGCUCAGAGACAGAGCAGUGACCAUGGCCACACUGGUGCUGUCUUCCAUGCCCUGCCACUGGCUGUUGUUGUUCCUGCUACUGCUCUUCUCAGGUGAGCUGGUACCAGCAAUGACAAAGAGUGACCUGUCAGUGAAUUCCCGAGGAAGCUCUUGUUCCCAGAUCUGGCAGCACCCGAGGUUUGCAGCCAAAAAGCGGAGCUCCGUGGUGAUGUUUCACUGCUACACAAAUCACUCGGGUGCAUUGACCUGGUACCGAAAGCAAGGGAACCAGCAGCCCCAGGAAUUGGUCCCAGAAGAGGGACACAUUCUGAAGACCCAGAAUGGCUCUGUCUACACCCUCACUAUCCAAAACAUCCAGUACGAGGAUAAUGGUAUCUACUUCUGCAAACAGAAAUGUGGCAGCGCCAACCGUAAUGUUACCGACAGUUGUGGCACAGAACUUCUAGUCUUAGGAUACAGCACGUUGGAGCAAAUGAAGCGGCGGAACACACUGAAAGAUGGCAUUAUCAUGAUCCAGACCCUCCUCAUCAUCCUCUUCAUCAUUGUGCCCAUCUUCCUGCUACUAGACAAGGAUGACAGCAAGGCUGGGAUGGAGGAAGAUCACACCUACGAGGGCUUGAACAUUGACCAGACAGCCACCUAUGAAGACAUAGUGACUCUUCGGACAGGGGAGGUAAAGUGGUCGGUGGGAGAGCACCCAGGCCAGGAGUGAGGGCCACCUUCAUCCUGCUCAACUCUUGGGCCUCACUGCUUCCAAACUGCCUGGCUCACAGCCCAUUCCCUGCUUCCUGGAUACCCUGGCCAGCAUCUGAAGCUGGACCAUCAAUGCCAUCUCUCACUUUAGCCCCUGGUCCCCAGCUCUUGCUGAAGGCCUGGGGUGGAAGGACAAUAAGGUGGUGACAUGGAGUAAGGAGUUCUCUGGGGAUAGACAUGACCCAAGGCUUCUGGAAGUGCCAUGCAGGAUCUGUCCCCAUGUUUGGGACAGGAAAGCAGAGACUUAUUGGAAUCUGCAAAUGGACUCAGAGCACACUGGUUUCCUGAGGAGCCCAGGAAGGACCAUGGUUCACAUUGGCACUGGAAGGGGUUGCCAGAAUGCCAUUUCUCUCUCCCAUCCCAGGGAUUACUAAAAGCAUACAGCCCAUCCUCCUAUGGAAUAAAUAAUGUGUCUGACAUCAGAA